UAUAUAAAAAUAUCGAAAUAUAGAUACCGAUAGUCUGAAAACUUCGUUCUUCAGUGCAAAAAUAAUACUUAAGAAUAUACCGAACUUUGCUUGCAACUGUUAUUGACAUUAUUCUACUAUUGCAAACUAAAAUUCUUAACUACUUACUUAUUAUUCUAUAAACAAUUAGUCUGCAAAAACAAGCUCACCAAGUUUUCACUGAAUACAAACUAAGCUUAGCGUACCUGAUUAUAAAGUUCAUCAAAAUAAAAACAAUCAAACAAGCCUUAGCAGCAAGCCUAUAAUGGAAAGUGUAGGACUCAUCUCGAUGCGCCUGCAAACCUGUGAACACAUAGCUUCCACGGGCUGUACGCAGUGCACGCCUGCGCCGGUCUUUUUUUUUUUUAAUUUUAUUUCUUAUCCGUGGUAUUUCAUUCGAAAUUUAAAUAUAAUCAAUAGUUUAUUGUAAAAAAAAGUUAAAAUGGAGUUUCGAGUUAUAUUUCUAGUUUUUGUCGUCGUGGUGGCACCGACUUCCUCAAAUACAAAUAUAUUCGGAGGUCGCUGUUCGAAGCAAGAUCCCAACGUUGACACGUGCUUAAUGAAGAGCUUCAAUCACCUCAUCGAUCAUCUGAAGGAGGGAGACCCUGAAUUGGGCAUUGAACAGACAGAUUCUAUCCUGAUCGACGAGCUAUCGAUCGCGCUGGGCGGCGGCCCUGACGGUUACAAGGCCACAUUCAAAGACAUCAACGCGAGUGGCGUGGAUGAAGUCACCAUCACCAACGUCAGAUCCGACCUGGACACGUACCAGUUCCAAGUGACGCUGUUCAUCCCUCACAUCAGUGCGACAGCGCGCUACCGCUCUUCUGGUAUUCUUCUAUUGGUACGCGCUUCCGGUGGAGGCGACUACUGGGGUGAAUAUGAACACGUGAAGGCGAAGGUGUACUUCCGCGGCGAGCCGUACGAGCGCGACGGCCAGACGUUCCUGCAGCUCAAGCAGAUCAAGCUGGACUUCUCCGUCAGGGACAUCAAGAUGGGCGUCGAGAACCUGGAACACAGCAACUCAGUGCUACAAGCUGCAUUGAACCUGUUCAUCAACACAAACGCGCAAGAACUCCUGAAGGAGAUGAAGCCCCAGCUCAAGAGAGACCUCGCAGCCAAGAUGUCCAGAUUCCUCGAGCGAAUCCUCAACAAGGUCCCCUACGACGACUGGAUUGUGGACUAAAACAUACAUUCGAUAAAUACAAAUUUAAAUGUAGAUAGUAUUAUUAUUUUAUGCUGAUUCGGUGGUAGAUAGGUGUAGAAAUCUGAAAUCAUUUUCCACAGGAAAUAAUAUUAUGAAAAGAAUGGCACAACCAUAUUAUAAAGACCGGCGUCUCGCACUAUCGCGUGGUUUUCUUUCAUAUUUUUAUUAGAUACAAACAAAUCAUUCGCACCUCCACGCGUACAGUGGCCGAAAAGUGCGCAGUAUGUACCUAAUUGAUUUUUAGGUCUCUUUGGUGGACCGAAGGGGUGCGAGAAGAUUUCUACCGCGCGGAAGCACGUAAUUGGUUGGUCAGUUGGUCAGCCCAACUUUACUCCUAUACGCCGCUUUUUGGUCAAGUUCUUUGUCAUUCACUAUACGUGUUUACCUUUUUUAACCGACUUCCAAAAAAGGAGGAGAUUCUCAAAUCGUCGGAAUCUUUUAAGCUAUUCAUAUAGUUGCCUAUGCGCAGUGUAUUUUUCAGAUUUUACAUGUCAAUUUGGUGUUAAGGUUUUAUGUACAACUGAAUAUGCACUAAUUACUGAUAUUAAUUAAAUUGUAGAUAGGCAGGUAUACCUAGACGUACAAUGCAAUGUUUUAUUCGUAAAUCGACACAAUUAUUACCCACUAAGGCAUAUUUUCUGUUCAUUUUGUGUUAAAAAAUAUAUUUUAAUGGGAUCAGAUUAAAUAAUAAUUCAGAUUAAAUAAUACAUCUAAAAUAUGUCUCAUUUUUACGAAUGCAUAUAAAAUAAAAAUUAACAUAAAAUUUAAUUUAUUUAUUUAAGACUAGUUUUGUAAGAUUUAAAAUUUACAAAUCUUCGUCCACUACUAUUUUUAAACUGAUAAGAUAUCCUACCUAAGGUGCAGUGAUUUAGAAAUAAGUGUAAGAAAAUAAAGAGUUCUUAAAAUU